AUCUAGGUUUUCAGCAUGUCAGUUGUCGAAUCGGACUACUUAAAAAGGUGGAUUGGUGCCCCAAUUACUGAUGCUUUAACAGAAGUUGCUUUGAAACGACCUGCUGACCCGAUAGAGUAUAUUGCACUUUGGCUGCUUAAAUAUAAAGAAAACGAAGUUGUAAAAGCCGCGGAAGCAUCCAAUGCAGAGAGAUUAUCUAUCGAGAAAAAGAAGUUAGAUGAAGAGGCUAAGAAGAAAGCUGAGCUGGAAGAAGAACAAAGAAGGAUUGCGGCAGAGAAUGCUGCCAAAAAGGCUGAAAUCGAGAAAGCUUUAGCAGAACAAGCCAAACAAACAGAAGCUGCAGCUGUAUAGCCAUUUAGCCAGCAAUCAGUGUUACCAGUAACACACUUCUUUUGUCACUUCAACAUGCUGAUCAGAGCAACUUCUCAUUUUGGACAGUUCAACAUUUAACAAUACGAACAUCUAUUAGUUACUGUUGUAUAAAGAUUGUAAAUAAUAAAUGAGAAUGAACCACCUUAUUCUAAUGUAUCCUCUUCACUUGGUGCGGUUACAACCAGAUUAACUGGGAUUCUUAGGGGAAGACAAACUGUAACUGAGACAAAUUUUAUUUUUCCAUACAUGA